AGCCUCAUUUGUAAACAGAGAGUUAUGUCAACUAUUAAAUUUGAAUCAAAAGAGAAUUGAAAAAACAACGAUAGAUGGAAUUGGAGCAACAUCUAAAACAUCAAUCAAACAUAUGGUCGAGCUGAAGCUGGUGUCCAAUUAUAAUAAGAAUUACAAUUUAACCGUGAGUGCUUUUAUUUUGCCUAAAAUAACAAAUUAUAAACCAAUAGAUGUGAGAAAAUGUGAUCUGCCGGAUUUGAAUUCAUAUCAGUUAUCCGAUCCAACUUUUUACAUGCCAUCUAAGAUAGAUGUUUUGUUGGGAAGUGAUGUUUAUGGUGAGAUCUUAAAACAAAAUUGUAUAAAGUUUCCAAACAGUGUCUUAUUGCAGGAAAGUGUGUUCGGGUGGCUAGUUUCAGGCCCUAUAGGCAAACCAUACCCAAAAACGACCCUGAAUGUAAAUAGCUGCAAUCUCGAGAAUCAGCUGCGUUUAUUCUGGGAACAAGAAGAGUUGGCAGAAACAAAAAAUUUAUCGCUAGAGGAAGAAGCUUGUGAAUCAUAUUUUGCAACAACAUAUAUUCGAACGAGUGAGGGCCGAUAUGAAGUUCACUUGCCAUUUAGAAGUUUGUUAAAAGGUGAGACUGCUCCGAUAUUCCAAAAUACAGACUAUGUUGCCCUAAAAAGACUGAAACAGCUUGAAUCUUCUUUUAAAUAUCGACCUCAAUUUGCGACAGCUUACAAAGCCUUUAUGUCUGAGUACGAACAUUUGGGCCAUAUGGAAAAGGUGGGACGAUAUCCUCAAGAUUUACCACCGAAUAUAUACUUCUUGCCUCACCAUGGUGUUUUGCGCGAAAGCAGUACCACUACUAAAUUAAGAGUCGUUUUCGAUGGUAGCAGCAGAGUUCCACCACAGCCAUCUCUGAAUGAUGAACUCGCUAGUGGACCCCCACUGCAAAACGACCUGCCCACUAUUAUCAUUCGAUGGCGACGUUUUAAAAUUUCGUUUACAGCCGACUUGGAAAAAAUGUUUAGGCAGAUAAAUGUAUGCAACGACCAUCAGCUGUACCAGUGUAUUCUAUGGCGUGACCCCAACAUCAAUGACCUGAAUAUUUACAAAUUGAAAACAGUAACUUAUGGUACGACCUCCGCUCCGUUUUUGGCAAUAAGAGUUUUGAAACAAAUAGCAGAAGAUGGCAGAUCAGAAUUUCCUUUAGCGUGUAAAGUGAUAGAAUCGGAUACAUACGUGGACGAUGUUAUAUCUGGAUGUGACAGCGUUACGGAAGCAAUUAAAUUGGCGCAUGAGCUUGUCCUCUUGUUGGCGAAAUCUGGUUUUACCCUUAGGAAGUGGAGCUCAAAUUCUACCGAACUAUUAAGUACGAUUCCUUCCGAGUUUCAGACUACAGCCAAUAGCUUCCCGCUUCAAAAUCAUGAAAUGGUUAAAGCCUUGGGCUUAUCUUGGGACCCCAAAAGUGACAAUUUUUAUUUUAAAGUCAAUUAUACUUUUUCUGAUAAAAUUACGAAAAGUGUUGUACUUUCAGAUUCUGCAAGAUUAUUUGAUCCACUUGGCUGGUUGGCCCCUACAACCAUAAUGGCGAAAAUCAUGUUUCAAACUCUAUGGCGAGAAGGUUUGGAUUGGACAGAUCCUUUGCCAGCGAAUUUGCACAAUGAGUGGUCUAAAUAUCGAACUGCAUUAAAGGACAUUGAGAAGUUAUCGCUGCCUAGAUGGUUUAAAAGCAAAUCGACAUCCUCUACUGAUCUUCAUGCAUUCUGUGACGCGUCCAAGCUAGCUUUUGCCGCAGUUGUCUACAUAAGAGUUGUGAAGGAAGAUGGAAAAGUACACGUAAGUCUAAUACAAUCAAAAACAAAAGUAGCCCCUCUGAAAGUACAAACCAUACCAAAACUUGAGUUGUGUGCCGCUGUUUUGUGUGCAAGGUUGGUCACCAGGGUAAAAUCAUGCAUUGGGCUCAAAGUAGAUAAUGUGAUGUUGUGGUCGGAUAGUACCACGGUGCUGAACUGGAUCAAAACACAAUCUUCUCAGCUCCCAGUAUAUGAGGCAAAUCGGGUUUCUCAAAUACAACGCUUGACAAAUAUUUCUGAGUGGCGAUAUGUAUCUUCAUCUGACAAUCCAGCAGACUGCGCAACCAGAGGCUUAUUACCAGAGGAUUUAAAAACUCAUACCAUUUGGUGGCAUGGGCCACACUGGCUACAUGAAGACUCAACUGCCUGGCCUGUUUGUAAGCUCAGAAAUACCGUGCAUCCGGCUGCGAGUAAACCAAUCAUCUAUUCAUUCACCACGAGUACAGCCACCAAGCUGAAGACGUCGGAUUAUCCGGACUACUUUUCAAAAUACUCAUCAUUCAACAGACUGCAACGGGUAACUGCGUAUAUUCUUCGAUUUUACAACAAUUUGAAAGCGUCUAUCUCAAAAGAUUCCAUUCAAAAACAUCAUAAACUGAUUGGUUGUCUCCAGACAACAGAAUUGAAAAGUUCAAGAUUGCGGUUAGUCAAGAUUUGCCAACGCAUUUCCUUCAAAGAUGACAUAACUUGCCUUCAAAACAAACUUCCUUUAGCAUGCAACAGCCGAGUACUAAAACUGCAACCAUUCUUGGAUGAUGAAGGCGUUCUUCGAGUUGGAGGAAGAAUUAAGCACGCAGAUUUAUCGUUUGGGAAAAAACACCCUAUUUUAUUAACAAAAACUGAUCCUAUUUCCUACCUUAUAUUUGCAGAAGCUCAUUCUAAAACAUUACAUGGUGGAGUGCAGCUGAUGCAAUCAUACGUCAUGACUCACUACUGGAUCCUUUCAGCACGGAACUUAGCAAAAUCUGUGAAGCGAAACUGCGUGACUUGUUUCAAAUAUUCUGCUAAAGCCGCUACUCAAAUCAUGGGAAAUCUACCACAAGUGCGACUCAAUCCUGCAAGGCCCUUCAAACAUAGUGGUCUAGACUAUGCUGGCCCUAUAAAUAUGAAGCAAAAUACACUCAGACGAAGCACCACAACCAAAGGCUUAACCACUGAUGAUUUUCUGGCUGCAUUUAAGAGGUUCACUUCUCGCCGAGGACCUUGUACUGAUUUGUACUCGGAUUGUGGCACAACAUUCAUCGGAGCGUCCAAAGAACUACAGAUUUUGUACCAUAGAUCCAAAGCUUCAUUACCUGAACAUUUGGUAGAAGGCCUCAACAACAGUGGUACCCAAUGGCAUUUUAUACCUCCUGCUUCCCCUCAUUUUGGUGGUCUAUGGGAAGCGGGUGUGAAGUCUACGAAGCAUCAUCUUCGUCGUAUUAUGAAAGACCGGACUCUCACAUACGAGGAACUUUCAACCCUAUUGUGCCAAGUCGAAAGCUGUUUAAAUUCCAGGCCUCUUUGCCCGCUCUCAACUGAUCCCUCAGACUUCAGCGUUUUGACACCGGCCCAUUUCUUAGUUGGCGAGCCUACAACUUGUAUACCAGAAGACGACUUGCUAGACUCAAACAUCAAUCGGCUAACACAUUGGAAACAGAUUGAGAAACUUAAGCAACAUUUUUGGCAACGCUGGUCCCAAGAGUAUCUUUGCCGAUUGCAGUCAAGACCAAAAUGGAAUUGCCUAAAACGAGAGGCCCAAAUCGGUGAUAUUGUACUGCUACUUCAUGAACGCAGUACCCCAGGACAUUGGCCAUUGGCUCGAGUAGAAGAAAUACAUCCUGGCUCUGACGGGCACUGUCGAGUUGUGACCUUGUAUUGCAAUGGAAAAUUCAUAAAGCGUCCAAUUGCAAAAAUUUGUUUUCUCCCAUCCAACGAUGCAUCAUCAGUCACUUUAAAUGCUUUGGAAGAAAGAAAUACUUGAAGUACGGUUUAAGAACUAAUGUUCUUAGUGGGGGAGAAUGUAUUGGCUUUUUUACUUUAAACCUAUUUUAGCGUUUUUUAUUUUAUAACUUUAAUCUCAUCACUGAUACUUGCCUUAAUAUAAUUGUCUCUUUCUUACAGUAUUUUUAAGUAACAUUAACUUUGCUCUCACUUAACAAAACCCUGUAACUUACAUUUAUACAAGAGAGAGUUGUUGUCAACUAAGCCUCAAGCAAAGCAGAUCGCUACAGCGAAACAUUAAUUUGUGUCUUGUCAUUCGUCUUUUUUUUUAAUGUUAAAAUUACUAAAUAACCUCUUGUUGUUAUAAAAAUAAUAAGAACAGUUGUUUAAAGAUAUGUGUAGUAUUCUGUGAAUAAACUUUUA